AUGGCGACGGGGGAGGCGCAGGUGGAGGCUCGGGAGGAGCCUGUUGCUACAGUGGAAGGCGACGAAGGGGAGAAGAAGAUGGAAGACCUGCCAACGUCACACUCCAUGGCCUUCCAAAUUUGGCCGCCAUCGCAGCGCACACGAGAUGCAGUGAUCAAACGCUUGGUGGAGACGUUGUCCUCGACCUCCAUUCUUUCGAAGCGCUACGGCACCGUCCCUCUCGAGGAAGCGUCUGCACUUGCCCGCCAGAUCGAGGGGGAGGCCUUCUCAGCUGCCGCCUCGGCCGCCCCUCCUGCUUCCGCGUACGCGGACGGGAUCGCUGCUGCUACCGAAGAAGGGGGGAUUGAAACGCUCCAGCUAUACUCCAAAGAGAUCAGCAAGCGGAUGCUCGACGCAGUGAAGGCUAGGGUGCCCCCUUCCUCCGCUUCCUCUGUCGAUACCCAGCCAGAUCCCAGCGCCGUUGCGCCUGCUGUCACUGAGGAAGCGUCAUCCCACGAGUCUGAAUCCUCCUAA